AUGAUACCUGGUCCUAAGAGUCCCGGAAAGAACUUAGAUGUUUACCUGAGACCUCUUAUAGACGAGUUGAAGGUAUUAUGGAAAGAUGGAGUACAGACUUGGGAUGUUGCAACAAAAACAAAUUUCAACCUUAGGACAGCUCUUAUGUGGACUAUAAGCGACUUCCCAGCUUAUGGUAUGUUAUGCGGAUGGAGCACACAUGGAAAGUUGGCUUGUCCAUACUGUAUGGAACGCACAAAGUCUUUCACUCUACCAAAAGGUCGAAAGCCUAGCUGGUUUGACUGUCAUCGACGGUUCUUACCCGUAGAUCAUCCGUUUCGUAGAAAUAAAGAAAAUUUCAGGAAAGGAAAAAUGGAGAAUGAUAUGCCUGCACCACGACUGUCGGGGACAGAUAUGCUAGCUCGUGUGAUGAGACUACCGGCUGUUCCAUUUGGUAAGAUUGGUAACAAAAUCAAUGGGUUUGGGGAAUCUCAUAACUGGGUUCGGAAAAGUAUCUUUUGGGAACUGCCUUAUUGGUCUACAAAUUUAAUUCGUCAUAAUCUAGAUGUCAUGCAUGUUGAGAAGAAUGUGUUUGACAAUGUAUUUAACACCGUGAUGAAUGUUACGGGGAAGACAAAAGAUAAUGACGCGGCACGUUUGGACAUGAAAGAAAUUUGUAAACGUCCAACUUUAGAAAUUUAUGAAUCUUCUAAUGGUAAGAAGCUCAAACCGCAAGCACGAUACACGUUAUCCAAAAAACAGGUAGAAGAAGUAUGCACUUGGAUUAGAUCUUUGAAAUUACCAGAUGGAUACGCAUCAAACAUUGCUAGGUGUGUUACAGAUAAGAAACCGCAGGAGAAAUUGAAAGGAAUGAAGAGUCAUGACUGUCAUGUGUUCUUGGAAAAACUCUUGCCUACAGCAUUUCGGGACGUGCUUUAUAAACCAAUAUGGGAUGUCCUGACGGAGCUUAGUUGUUUUUUCAAUGACUUGUGUUCAAAAGCUUUAAAUGAGAAAGACGUGUCUACACUUGAGAAGAAUAUCAUAGAGAUCACGUGCAAAUUGGAAAAAAUCUUCCCACCUGGUUUUUUUGACUCUAUGGAGCAUUUGACAAUACAUCUACCAUACGAAGCUCUUGUUGGUGGUCCAGUUCAAUAUAGAUGGAUGUACCCUUUUGAGAGGCUGAUGGGAAUGCUUAAGAGGGCGGUGAAGAAUAGAGCUUGUGUCGAGGGGUCGAUUUGUGAAGCCUAUAGUUUCAAUGAGAUAUCAACUUUUGUCUCUGACUAUUUUCCAGAUGAAGUCUUGACAAAAGCCAAUCGAGUCUCGAGAAAUGAUGAUGGGGGAAAUGUUGAGCUACAUGGCCGCCUUGCUGUAUUUGGUUUAUCAGGCCGCGCUUAUGGAAAAGGGAAGCGUAUAUUUCUAUCUGAGAAAGAUUUACAUGCUGCACACACUUAUAUACUUCUCAACAGCGAGGAGAUUGACAAAUAUGUGAGUUUGUACGAUGAAGAAUUAAAAGUGCAGCAGCCAGGCAUUACUGAUAAAGAUAUUGAAAUCAAUCGUUACAAACAAUUUGCAGUUUGGAUAAAAAACAAAGCUUUGAUGGCUGGAUCAACGAUUCCGGCGAAUGUACAGGCCCUAGCCAUGGGACCAGACAAGGAUCAAGUCAGUCGUCAUGGCUACAAAGUAAAUGGGUAUAAUUUUCAUACCAAGGAAUAUGGGCGCGGUAAAAAAACAGUGAACUCAGGAGUGUGUGUCCUAGGAGAUUGUUACAAUGAGCUGAAUCAUGCAUUUUAUGGCGAGUUGGAGGAAAUCAUAGAGUUCUCAUACAGGGGCACAUAUGGGGGUCAAAUUAACCUGUUUAAGUGUCUUUGGUUCGAUUCAGAAAAAGGGAAACGCGUUGAUAGACAUGGAAUUGUUGAUAUUGACCUCCACAAGUGUGCAUAUUCUAAUGAACCAUUUGUUUUACCAACUCAAACAACACAAGUAUACUACACUCCUAGUCCCGGUAGAAAAAGGGAUAGGCCCCCUGCAGACUGGCAAGUUGUAAUACAUACUCCUGCACGUAGACGUGAAGAAGUAGUUGAUGGAGAGAUUUACCAAGAACAGAUGCUUAAUAAACCAACUGUAGUAGACGUGGAUGAAAAUGAAGUAAUUGAAUUAGAUGGAGGAGAUGAUCCACAUGAAAUAGAUUCUGAGUUGAUACUUGUGCCAGAUGACUUGGAAAUGACUGAUGAAGAGUUAUUGACCGACAGUGACAUUGAGUCCAACAGCGAGGAAGAUGAUGGUUAUGAAUCUGGCGGAGAUUAUUAUUCUGACUCGGACACUAGCAACUAA